AACCGACCUAACCGGGUCGGAAUAUAAUGCUGGAGAGACUUCACUCUCCCCAAACUGUAGCCCCCCUCUCCCAGCGACCACCAUCACCGCCGCCUCCACCAGCAGCCACCAUCUCCUAUUCCUCUCCGUUCUUCGGCGGCCAGCCACCGCCACCGCCGUCGACGACCAAGGCCUCUUCGGCCAUCACCGUCCGGCAACCACAGCUGAGGCCCGACCACCGCCUCCGUCGCCACCGGGCACCGCCACCAAGAAGCGCCACAAGCACCGCAUCUUCACUUCCUCUGCAAUUUCCUACCACUGCCUCUUCAUCUUAUCUGCCCUUUCCUUCCAGUGGUGGCGUCAGAUUAUUGGACCCGCUGGUCGGCGGCCGCCAUCCAGAAAUGGCUACUGUUCCUGUGUCGAAGCACUCAGACAACAACACCGCCAUCUCGGACACUAAUAGUAGCGCGUCAUUAUCGUAUUUCCAAAAAACCGUUUGUUUGCAAGAUUGGUGGUUGAUUAAGGCUGAAAAAGACUCCCAAGGGAAGAGGCUUGCCGUUGCAGGAUUGACAUCUCGAGAGAAGCAAGCCGUUCGAGUGUUUUCAUCUGCACCAAUUGUUAAAAGAUAUGAUGUGUUCACUCUUGAAACAGCUGAUGGGAUAUGUGUUCUUAUGAAAGGAUUCAUAAACAAGGCUCGCACAGAAGAAAAUGGGUUUCCCUCUGAGGUUUUCAAACAUUUUGUUUUUGGCUUCCCUCCUUAUUGGGAGGAAUAUGCUGGAAAGUGUUUGGGGUUAGGUGUUACCCACAAGGAUGUUUCAAGAACUCCCUCAGAUCAUGGUAUUAAUGAUUCUAAUAAAGGAACUUCAAACGACAAAAAAUCCAUUAGUGAAGAAAGGCAUGAUGAUAAUGACAAAAUGGAUUUUUCAAAAGAUGGUGGAGAUGGUUUCUCAAUGAAGGUGCAGCAUUCUGACCAGAAUGGUACUGGUAGUGCCUCUUCAGUUGAAGAUCCAAAUAUAAAUUCUUCUCAGGUUUUGUCUGAGAUAUUCAUUGGCCAUGUGUCACCAGGUGUCAGUAACAUUAACAGCAAAGAUGCAUUACAAAGAUAUCCUUCAUCAUCAAAAACCGAUGGUCAUCUAGAUGGUAGAUCUGUGCAGCAUGGCAAUACUUUGGAUAAGAUUAAUCCAUCUGAGAGAAGUAUUAAUAGAUAUAACUUACGUAACAAGAAGAAUAACCUGAAGGAUGACCAAACAGCUGUCAAUCUGUUGGGAAAUGAAAAUAAUGAGCUGAAUCGUGUCUCAACUGGCAAUCCUGAUCAAUUGGAAAAUGCUGCAGUAAAUGGUGAGGUCGAACCUGGGGUCUGCAUUCCAUGUGAAAUUGGAUAUCAACAGCCUACCAGUCAUGAAAUUGAACGAAAGUGUGGAAACAUUAGAAGUCACAGUGGUAAGGAAAUCAAAAGCACCAGGGGGGCAUUGAAGUCUUCUGUUGGGCUUGGUAAUGAAAUCCAAGAUGAUGAAUUGCAUGCUGUUGUCAGCAAGAAGCAAACUAAUGCUAAGAAAGCAAGCAAACCCAGGAGUGAAACCAGGAGAAGACUGAUAUAUGAAAGUCCAAUAAGCAGGGGAGGAGCCAAAAAAGCAUCUUUAAUUUCUCCAGAAUCUUUGAAUCUUAAACGAUCUCGAUCAGGAAGACUGCUGCUACCUACCCUAGAAUUCUGGCGCAAUCAGAUGCCAAUUUAUGAUAUGAACCAAGAGAAAUUAACAUCAGCCAGGAUUGAGGUCACUCUAGGCUGAUAUAUGAUCAACUAGUGUCAUAUUUGCUGACACAUCUAUGUCAGUCAAUUCAGGAUCGUAGAAUUACUGGAAUUCAAGGCGGCCUUCAUGGUGUAGAACCAUCUAGAGGUUUGUCUCCUAAAAAUUAUUGCUGACCCGGGAUGUUUCUUUGUGAAUUAAAAUAUAAUCUUUCUCCAAUCGCUGAAUCUCAAGAAAGCAUUGUGGUAUUGCAUGCUUCACAGUUAAGUUUUACCUCUUAUCUGACAUAUACAAAGUAAUAUAAAUAAAUUCUUAAUGCCAAAUGGAAAAAUGAGGACCAAAUUUCCAAGCCCAACCAACUAUAUCACCUCUAAAAGGCCUAGUUAUUGAAAGAGUGAUUAACAUUUUUAAAAGCAGAUGAACCUGUAAUUCAGGGAUAUAGGAUCUAUAAUCUUGUGCCAUGUUUAUUCGGUAAACAUUUACAAAUUUAAACAAACUUGGUUCAAAAUGAAAUGGUAGAAUGAAUCUGGAUUUUUUCACCCAAGUCCACCACAGCGAAGGUUAUAAUUGUAAUCAUCCAUCACAAAAAAGGGAUCUGAUAUGUGUGUGUGUGUGUGUGUGUGUGUGUGUGUGCAAGUUAAAAUAUACGGUGGUAAAAUGAUAUAGUAAUUCAGUUGAAAUUAGCCAUGUGGUAACUACAACUGCCAGACGUGUUAUGUUAGAUUUAUUCAUUUAUAAAUAUUAAGGAUAAAAUCGCACUGUACCUGCAAACGAUUUAGUAAUUGGAGUUGGAGUUAUACUGGAUAUUGUCUCAUGUGCUAAGCCGCAGGGGUCAUGGCUCCCUCAAAUAUAUAACCCUGGUUUACUCCCUGCCCUGAGUGUAUUUCUUUUUGGACCCUGCUAUUAGGUCUGAUUUCUUGGACUGAAUAGCAUUAUUCUUUCUUUUUUCAACUAUGUUUGUCCAUCCCAUGAUGGGUCUGUGAUUGUGCUAUGCUUUACCAUAUGUUUGCCAACUGCUUAAUUUUGGAAAUUGACCACUCCACGAGAUUUUAUGGCAUACCUAUUUUCAACAUUGUCAACGUAAGUCCUCAAAGGAUAACUUGUAACCAGCAUUGUCAGCAUGAGCCUUCUUGACAGGGAGUAGAUCUGAACCUCAAGACAGAAAGCGAAGGUAGUUCCCAUGAAUGCGAAGGGAGCCGAUCAGUCGAAAACUCUGCCCAUAAAAGGCCUGACAAAAAGAAAAUGAAGACAGUAGAUACUGCUGUGUGAACGGAGAUGGGCUUGUCGUUGGAGAUCACGACUACCAUAUAGUUUUGUGCCGCAAUUUAGCUUUGCGGCCUGGUACUGUUGUUAUUUCAGCAUUUUCUCUUGUUUUAGUUGACACCUUUGCCCUAUUAUUAAGGAGCCCCACAAAAUAUGUUAAAGCUCCCGGGCCAGACUUGUAUAAAAUUUGCCCCGUCAGUAAUUUCUUAUAUUAAAUGUAUUAUGUAAA